GAGGUUUGUGCUUUCUUCAUUUUUUCAGUCACCGGAAGUUUUGCAUUUGGUUUCUGAUGAUGGGAUCUAAGCAAGUGUCGAAGUCUAGAAAUGCUGGACUUAGCAAGUUUAAGAAUGCUGAGUCCCCUGUAUCUUCAACAACCUCGUCUUCAAAACUUUAUCCAGAGACAUCUGUGGAUAGCCAUAGCCCCCCUACGUCUUCAUCUGCUCGAAGCAAGCCUCAUUUACAAUAUACAGGAAAGGUACCGCCUAAGCCUUUGCAGUCCAAAGAAAAUGUCACUGUCACAGUUCGUUUUCGUCCACUCAGUCCGAGGGAAAUCCGCAAAGGAGAGGAGAUUGCAUGGUAUGCAGAUGGAGAAACAAUUGUGCGGAAUGAGCAUAAUCAGUCAAUAGCUUAUGCCUAUGAUCGUGUUUUCGGGCCUACGACGACAACACGCCAUGUCUAUGAUGUUGCUGCUCAGCAUGUAGUUAAUGGUGCUAUGGCGGGGAUCAAUGGGACCAUUUUCGCAUACGGAGUGACAAGCAGUGGAAAAACUCACACUAUGCAUGGGGACCAAAGAUCUCCUGGUAUAAUAGCAUUAGCCGUGAAAGAUGCUUUCAGCAUUAUACAAGAGGUUGUCAAUGAUUUAUUGAACCCAGCAGGACAAAAUUUGAGGAUCAGAGAAGAUGAGCAGGGAACCUUUAUCGAAGGGAUUAAAGAAGAAGUUGUUCUAUCCCCUGCUCAUGCGCUUUCUCUUAUAGCAGCUGGAGAAGAGCACCGACAUAUUGGAUCCACAAGUUUUAAUUUGCUCAGCAGCCGAAGCCAUACAAUGUUUACCCUGACUAUAGAGAGUAGUCCCUUGGGUGACAAUAAUGAAGGUGGAGCUGUACACCUCUCGCAGCUGAACCUCAUUGACCUGGCAGGUUCUGAGAGCUCAAAGGCUGAAACCAGUGGUUUAAGACGCAAGGAAGGGUCUUAUAUAAAUAAAAGUUUGCUGACUUUAGGGACUGUAAUAUCAAAGCUUACAGAUAAGAAGGCUAGCCAUGUACCAUAUAGGGACUCGAAAUUAACCAGGCUGCUUCAGUCCUCAUUGAGUGGGCAUGGACGUGUAUCUCUCAUAUGUACAGUGACUCCUGCAUCAAGCAGCUCUGAAGAAACACACAACACUUUGAAAUUUGCCCAUCGUGCAAAGCAUAUUGAGAUUCAAGCCGCACAGAACAAGAUAAUUGAUGAGAAAUCAUUGAUUAAGAAGUAUCAAUACGAGAUUCGCCAACUGAAGGAGGAGUUGGAACAGCUUAAAGAAGGAAUUAAACCAGUUUCUCAGUUAAAGGAUAUUAGUGAAGAUGAUGUUGUUCUCCUGAAGCAGAAACUAGAAGAAGAGGAAGAUGCUAAAGCAGCUCUCUUGAGUCGAAUCCAACGGCUUACGAAACUAAUUCUCGUGUCUACUAAAACUCCACAAACAUCGCGGUUGUCUUAUCGCGUUGAUCCUUGGAGGAGACACUCAUUUGGAGAAGAGGAGCUUGCUUACCUUCCGUAUAAGAGGCGCGACUUGACGGAUGAUGAGAACCUUGAAUUCUAUGUUUCUCGUGAAGGGACUCCUGAGAUUACAGAUGAUGCGUUUAGAGAAGAAAAGAAGACAAGGAAGCAUGGCCUACUGAACUGGUUGAAACUUAAGAAAAAAGAAAACAGUUUGGGGGGAUCAAGCAUCAGUGACAAGUCCAACAGUACACCGUCAACUCCUCAAGGAGAAGGCAGUAAUUUUCGUACAGGAUCUAGACUUUCAGAAGGCUCCACAUUGGCAGAUCAACUCUUAGAGACUAGGGAUAAUAAAGAAGCUCAUGAAGAUAGUUUUCAUGAGAUUGAGUCACCUGAGGCAUUGUGUACUUGUUCCCAGACUAGAAUAAAAAUGAUCAAUCAGAUGGAAACACUGAGGGAACAACAAAAGAUUUUAUCUGAGGAGAUGGUGCAACAAUCAAGGUCUCUCAAACUGUUGUCAGAAGAGGCUGCCAAAGCCCCUCAAAAUGAAGAAAUUAAAGUGGAGAUCAAAAACCUCGAUGGCGACAUCAAGGCAAAGAACGACCAGAUUGCUACGUUGGGGAAACAAAUUUUGGAUUUUGUUAUAGCAUCACAAGAUGAAUUGGUAAAAUCUGAUAUCGUACAGGCUGUUUCUGAAAUGAGGGCUCAACUAAAUGAGAAAUGUUUUGAACUCGAGGUUAAAGCUGCAGAUAAUCGUAUCAUUCAGGAACAACUCAACCAAAAGACAUGUUUAUGUGAAGAGUUGCAAGAAGAGGUUGCAAACCUAAAGCAGCAGCUCUCUGACGCCCUGGAACUGGUAGAUAUCAGCUCGGUCACAAGUCACAUGCAACAAUCUUCUGAAUCGCCAAACAAAAAUGAAGAAAAGGUCAUAGAGGCACAGGCAUUUGAGAUUGAAGAGCUUAAACUGAAAGCUACAGAACUAAGUGACUUGAAUGAACAACUAGAACUCCGAAAUAAGAAACUAGCUGACGAGAGUUCAUAUGCGAAAGAGCUUGCUUCAGCGGCUGCUAUUGAGCUCAAGGCAUUGUCUGAGGAAAUAUCAAGACUUAUGAAUCACAACGAGAGACUAGCAGCUGAUCUAGCAGCGGUGCAGAAGAGCUCUGUUACACCACGGGGCAAGACAGGAAACCUGAGGAAUGGAAGGAGAGAAAGUGUUACAAAGAGGAAAGAGCAAGACAACUUGUUGAUGGAACUGAAGAGAGAACUGAGUAUAAGCAAAGAACGUGAAGUUUCAUUUGAAGCUGCUCUAGUUGAAAAAAUCCAGAGGGAAGCCGAGCUACAAAGAACAGUAGAAGAGUCGAAACAAAGGGAAGCAUAUCUAGAGAAUGAACUUGCUAAUAUGUGGGGUCGAAUUGCCAAGAUGAGAUCCCAAGGAGCUGCUAAUUCAGGUUUAUCUGAUUCAGUAUCAGAGACACAACAAAUCGACCAUUUUAGGACUUAAGUUAUGAUUUGAGAUUCGUGUGAUUUUGAGUUUGUACAUUUGUAUGCAAUCUCAUUCCCUGACCUUCCUGGGCUUGAUUUUUUUUGUUUGCUGGUAAUGCUUUAAGGGAAGUAUCCUGAAAGAAAAUCUUUUGUGCAAA